UGUUGUUUGACCGUUAAAUUGGUGAUAGAAACCUACGGUUUCUAUAAUUACUAUUAUUAUUAUGAGGAUUUUUCUUGUUAAGUCUUUGAGUCACAUUAGGAUAGUCUAUUAGGAUUUUUCAGUGAUUAACUAUAAAUAUGUACUUGGUCAUUUGUUAGAGUAAGCAUAAAUUAAUAAGAAAGUUAUCCCUCCCAAAAAUCCUAAUCUUCUCCUCACAAUCUCGUCUUCACCUCUACCUAGGCCGCCGGUCAUUCUUGUAUGUUCUUCCCCAAUUCUGUUCCUAAUCCCUAAUGCUCUUCUAAAUCCCUAAAUCUCUAUCAAUUCUCAAUUUCCCAACCCAAUCGAUGGAACCCUAGAAAUAGGUUUCUAUCAUCUGGUAUCAGAGCCCCGUUCGUUAGCGAGUUUGUCACAACUCUCAAUCAGGGAUGGACGUAUAUGAAGAAUUCAUACCUAGGGUUACUAAAUUGGUAACCUCAGCAUUCAUUCGAGUGUUCGUACGCUUGCCUGGGUUUAGGAGAGCACAUGUGGUGUACUCCUCGGGCAUCAUAACAAUAUGUGGAAAACGACCAUUGGAGGGCGAGCAUCGGUGGAUGCAUUUUGAGACUAAGAUCAAGAUCAGGUCUGAUUUCGAUACUGAAAAAUUUGACGUUUGGUUGAGGUACAGCCUGCUCACCGUUGAAAUUCCUAGGAGCAAAUCUUCAUCGGCAGCAGCGGAAAGCACACAGCUCGCUGAACCCGUUGUCAUUCUCCUGCAGCUGACCGUCGCAUCGGGGGAAGAAAAUUCUGUGGCUGAGGGAAUGGAAGAGACGGCCGCCGCCAAGGAAAAAGGGUCGUCGCGGUUGGAAGAAGGAGCGGAGGAUAAGGCAGCGAGUGAGCUGCCACCGCUUGAGGAGAUGGCACGCGAUUGCGGCGUGAAUACCACAGGCGAGAGCAUUGGGAGCGUGCAAGCCCCGCUGGCUAGUGUUUACACUCACGACCGGGUGGCUACAACUAUCGUUUCUCUAGUCGGGAUCAUUGGUGGCUCCAAAACGGACCAGCGUACCACCACAAGCAACCUCGCUGCAACCGUCCAUCAACCACCGGUCAAUCCAAAGAAAGAGCCGAUGACGCAGCUCAAUGAUCAGCUUCCCCAUCCUACCAUCGACUGGAAUAGUAGUCACGCGGGUGAGAACACUUCAUCUUUUAGGUAUUGGAAAACUUGUAGUGGAAUUGGUCAUGGUGAGAGUGCGCGGAAGGGUAGCUCCCUCAAUUGGAGGUACCGACGCCGAUGGGAGAGGUUCAAGAAAUCAAGGGCAGGCAUUGCCCUUUAUCAUGUUGCGUCAAUGGUGAGGGCGACAGAUAAGAAGAAACAGAGAGAAGCUCUGGAUUUGGUGCUACAACUUCUGAAGUACAAUGAUAAUGAUGGAAAUCCGUGUCCAAACGUUUUCUGGCGUGAUGCACUGGUAUUGAAAAGAGUGGUGGUAAAGCUGAAAAACAAAGAAGACAGUUUGGGGUUACUUUGUUUGCGGCCGAGGCAGAAGCUGCCAAUACGGUCACAGCUUGCCAAGUCCAUAAGGGUCGAAGAUCCUAUGUUGACUCGGGACGCGCGUUAUGGCGGCCGUCACGGGGCAACAUGGAUGGAGAAGAUGGAAGCAAGCGACGGUGAGCUACCUCAAGCGUCACCGGAGAAGAAGAAGGCAGGGCGACCUAUAAGGGAGUUGGAGAUGGUGGUGACAAAAAGUAUGAAGUUGCUUGUGAGCAAAAACCGCUACUUCCUCUGGAUCCAAGGAGCUAAAGCUUGGGGAAGCUCGGGGGCGAGUGUUGAAGCGUGUGGGUGGAGAUUGUGGCAUGGUGGGGUGGUGGAUAUUUAUCCACUAUUAUUGAUGAUGGAAGCAAGGCGUAUGGCAGGACCUCUAAUCAUAGAGGAGGUAGCUAUUAGGGUGGACAAGUUCCCAUUGAUGGCAGAACCUCCGGAGAAGCUUGUGUGGGGUGGCGCUGCUGAAUGCCAAAAGGAGAGGGCCACCUAUUGGAGUUGGGAAUUUCAAGAGAAGUCUCCAAAGUGGCAUAGUGAGAGAAGGAAUGUUGAGCUAUGUGCGGCUGUUUGUGGUAAAAAGGCCAUUUACCAGUUGAACAAGAUGGAGUUCACGAGUGCUCGAGAUGACAGCGGCUCGGGGACGGGAAAGGCUUCGUAUAAUCAAAACUUCACGGGGUAUGAAUUAAGAGUAAGGAUAUUCGGAGUCGAGAGCAAGCUGUUGGGUUCUAGUGUUCCGAUUGAGGGGUCUGCGGAAACAGGAGUUAUAGUUGCUGCUUCGAAGGAAUUCCUAGACUAUUCCAAUGUUCUCGUCGUUGCCGAGUUCUGUAGUGGUAGCCAAGAUAAGUUAUUGUUAGGUUUCUAUGAUAGCGUUCCCCUUUACGCCAUUGAUGUCAAGAGGGUACCUCGAGCAGAUCAGAAUACCUUGGCUAAUCAGAAACUCAAGGAGAGUUUGUGCGGGCCAAUUGGAGUUCCAAUAGAUAUAAUAGGGGCAGAUGGACGGUGGCGGACCGUUGUGGAUGGAGUUGGGUUAUGUGGAAAGUACUUAGAGUGGGGAAAAAGAAUGUUCACGAAGGCGGGGAAAUGGAAGUUCGGGUUGUUGUGCAUAUCACACAGAAUGAUGUGUACCGGAAAAUUCGUCCGUGUGCUAGAACGUAAAUGGAAGAGAAGAAAGAGCAAGUGGAUGACGACAAGAAAAAUGGAGAAGUGGGGUCAGUCGGUCAACCUUGAGGACAAGGUUGUUUUCAAGGAGGAGGAGAUGAUAGAAACCUACGGUUUCUAUAAUUACUAUUAUUAUUAUGAGGAUUUUUCUUGUUAAGUCUUUGAGUCACAUUAGGAUAGUCUAUUAGGAUUUUUCAGUGAUUAGCUAUAAAUAUGUACUUGGUCAUUUGUUAGAGUAAGCAUAAAUUAAUAAGAAAGUUAUUCCUCCCAAAAACCCUAAUCUUCUCCUCACAAUCUCGUCUUCACCUCUACCUAGGCCGCCGGUCAUUCUUGUAUGUUCUUCCCCAAUUCUGUUCCUAAUCCCUAAUUCUCUUCUAAAUCCCUAAAUCUCUAUCAAUUCUCAAUUUCCCAACCCAAUCGAUGGAACCCUAGAAAUAGGUUUCUAUCAAUUGGACGGUCAAAUUUAACGGUCAAACAACGGGUUUUGCCAAUUUCGUUACUUUGAUUUAUAAUUUAGGCCAGAAUGUUAAAGAUCGAAAAGAUUGGUCAGAAUGUUUAUUAUGGUCAAAAUUUAGGCCAUAAAAAUAUAUUAACCCUUUUAAUAAUGACAGACUUCAUUGUUGCAAUUUUGAUAAUUGGCUCAUCUUGUCCUAAUGUCCAGAGCUUGUGCUGAAAGAUAAGAUUUUUGUGUACGAUUUGAUUCAUCAGCGGAUUGGAUGGACUCACUUCAACUGUAAGUUUGCUCGCCCUUCAACACAACAAAACUUUCUUCCUUGGUCAAUUACCAUAGCUUUCAAUGAGCCCCGCUAACCAACUUAUCCUUGCCAUCUUUUAGGUUCAUCGGCACCAAACGUCUCCAUCUCUAGAGACUACUUCGUCAGUUCCGCACAUUCGAGCUUGAGUACCUGUUCAACAGGCUCACUACCUCUAGCCAUCAUCACCUCUGUCUUCUUGUUUGUUUUUUGGGUUAAGAUAGUUCAAUCUUGAGAUUACUUCUCAUUGUACCAAGCACCUUAGUACGUAGAUUGUUGACUUGCCGUCGCCAGUUUGUUGGGAUUUCUUUCUACAUGUUCCUCUUUUAGAAAUCUAAGGAAAAUACCUUCUAAAUUUUGUAUUAUUAGAUAUUGCAUUGUCGGUCAUAGUGAUUCAUUAAUUAGGUGAUAAAAAGCGGGAAGGCAUGGCUAAUUUACCUCAAGUACUAGACGUUACGGUGGCUCUUUCUUCCUAUUGAUUCUCAGCCCAUGGGUCUAGUAUCCUCAGUCGAUCUUCAAUCACAACCAUUAGGCCUCAAAGGGUGGAAGUAUGUCAUAAGAACGACAACUAGGAACCUAAAACAGAAGCAAUGAAUUUGGGCGUCCCAU